CGCCGUGCCGUCGGCUGCUUCAGUCUCUCAGUCUUGUUUUGGUCGGCCGCCCGGCCCGUCGCGUCUGAUCCGCGUGUAGCGUUGUGCCCCGCGCCUCGCUGUGCCGCAUUCCGUUGAGAGUCGCCGGUUUUCUAUCCCCACGCGAAACACACUUUAUUUCGCAAUGUUUGUUGAGUGAGCGAUGCCCCAAGUAAUUGUUCCGGAUACUGGAAGAAUGCCCCGUGGCAGUGCAUAUCAUCGCAACUGCUUGGAUGAAUAUCGCCCUCCAAUGUCAACAAGGUGUAGUGCUUCGAACACCAACGACAUGAAGCAAAGUAAAAGUGAUGACUUCGCAAUGCAGAAUCCAGCUGUGUCAACAAGUUCAACCAGUGCAAAAUCUAAAAGUGAUAACAAUUCAGUUGUUGUGAAUGGUGAAAUAAGUCACAGUGCAAGUGAUUCCGGGUUUAGUGCAAGUCUAGCCUUGUCAGCCCCCGUGCCAGUGCUUCUUCCAAAAUCAGAGUGCUUCAGUGAGUGUGAAUCAGAAAACGAUGUGCGCUUUCAAAUGUUGGAUACCUCCCGUCUUCGUGGCAAAGAUCUUCAAAGAAAAUCAAGCCAUCACGUUGGGAUUUAUGAUCGAGUUGACCCUGAGGAUAGCAUCAGAGAUAUGAUCACAGACAAUGAUUUCUACAAAUUUGUUCUUUUCAAGACUCAUUAUGACAAGUAUUUGCACCUCUCCAAGAAGUAUGAAGAGGCCAGGAACAUCGCCUACUACCUGGAAGAAAAGUACCAUGAAAUUAAGGCUGAGCGGGACGACCUGGCAGCGGCGCGGAAGGAGCUGGAGAAGCGACUGGAGGGUCGCGACCAGGAGCUGCACGACAAGGAGGAGGAGCUGUUCCUCCAGCUGGAGCGUGUGGUGCGCCUGGAGGAGGACUGCGAGAAGCUCCGCGCCGAGAAGGACAAGUACGCCCAGAUGAAGGACGCCCUCGAGAAGGAAAAGCACGAGGCGCUGCGCAGGCUCAAGCAGCAGUCUCGGGAGGCGGAGGCGACGCGCCGCGGGCUGGAGCGCGCCCGCCAGGAGGUGGUGCGCCAGGUGAGCGCCAUCGCGGCGGAGAAGGACUGCCUGGAGCGCGAGAACGAGAGCCUGCGGCAGCAGCUGGAGGGCCACCACCACCACCACUACUUCCCCGCGCCCGCGCAGCGCGCCGCCGCCGCCGUCGCCGCGGUGCCCGCCGACGGCCUGGAGCGCGAGAUGUCGGAGCUCAAGCUGAUGGCGCGCCAGAGCCAGUCGCUCAACAGCCAGCUCAAGAAGGGCAUGAAGCACCUGGCCACCUGCAAGCGGAAGAAGUGCCACGUGUGCGCCUACACGCGCGAGUCGUUCGGGGAGUACGCCGGCAGGAACGACGGCAAGCUGUUCUCCUGCCUGCAGGCGCCGCUGCACGACUGGCGCACCAGGCGCCGCGGCGGCCAGGGCGCGUCCAGCACGCCGUCGCCCUACUGCUCGGACGAGGGCGAGCUGUUCGAGGACGACGCGGACGCGGAGGUGGACGCCGUGAGGACGGCGGCCGCGCGCCAAAGCCCCGGGCCGAGCCGGGCGAGCCAGGCCAGCCCGCUGCCCUCGUGCCGCUCCGAGUACUCGUUCCGCAGGGCCUACUCGUCCACGGCGCCCUCCUCGCCCUCGCCCUCCCCCUCGCACUCGCUGGCCCACCCCCUGCACUGCCUCGGCGCCCACAUUUCCUACAUCGACGAGGCCAGCUGUAGCUCGGGCGACUCCGGACAGGGCGAGGACAGGUGUCCUGGAGCGUGCCACUGCCUGGUCGGGGUUGGGGCAGACCAGUCCAUGGCCUCGUCGUGCUCAGCAUCGGCCACGUCGACGCCGCACGGCCAGGGUCAGGGUGCCGCCAGCACCAGGGCCUUCUCCUCGGACUCGGGCUUCUCCAGCGAGCUGUACGAGUCGACGCUCCAGCGCUCCAGCGAGCGCUCCAGCGACCGCUCGAGCUCGUCCAGGUCUGCCGAACCGGAGCAGACGACGCCGUUCCAGCGCGGCGGCAAGUGGACUGCUUCCUUCCGCAAGCUGCUGACGAGGGUCUCGAGCAGGAAGGCGGGCGCCUCUUCCAGUGCGGCGGCAGCGCUAGCCUCCUCCUCGGCGACCGCAACAGCCAACUGAGCGAGCCGAGGACAGGGUUCACCUUGGGUCCUAUUCGAUGUUGCUGUCAGGUACUUUUGUCCUGACAACAACCGACGUUUACUACAACUAAUGAUCCACGUUGGACAAGGUUGAAUUCUACGAGAAAAAGUAGUUGAAAAUGCAUUUAUUUAGUUCACAACUAAAAUUGUUCCUCUUUGACAGAACAAUUAGUUCAGUGCAUUUGGUUACAUUGAAAGUCAUCAUGUGGGAAAUAGUGCCAGCCAUAAUGGGUUUUAGUUUAUUUUAUUUGACAGCAAAUAUAAGAAAAGUAUGGCAGAGUAGACCUCAAAAUAUAAUUUCCUUGUUAAUAAUAAUGUGCCAACUAUUCCACUUGCCUAGAUUUUUGGUCCUUUCAAAGUUGCCAUUCAUUUAUUAUCUUAGUUUGUUCAUUGAUUUAGGCUUAUGACGCAUACUGAUGCCAUUCUUGUUCUUGUGUUCAAUCAACCUUGUUUUAGGAGAGUGUUCAAGCAAAAGCAUUACUGUAUACUUCCAUAACUGAUGGAAACUAUGUAGCAUAUGGUGUUCAACCAAAUAUUCUUCUUGCUCAGGAAGAAUGUUUGAACUCAUACCACUGCACAUUUCUCUUAAAGUGUUGAGGUACAUAGACUGAGGGAGAGCUAGUGGCUCCACCUCAACCGAGUGCCCUUGAGUCUGGUUUAAAGAAAAUUUUUGACAAUCUCAAAACCAUCAUCAUUAUGACGCCAAGUCUAGAAAUAUAACCCUUGAUCAGUUAAAGGAUUCCAGAGUGCAUAAAAUAAGUCUUCCAAUCAGAAAUACAACAUGCCAAGCAGAAGACCCUUGCCAGAUGUACAGAGCAGAGACAAGAAACUGGUGGGCUGUCUCGCUUGCACUCAGAGCACACUGUAUUUAGAAGGCUACCGUCUCUAGAAAUGCAAAUAUACAAUCAACCUUACCUGUAGAUCAGAAUUAUGUGGUGAUGAAUCAUUCACAGUGAUGGAUAAAGAAAUUACUGGUUUCCAGGGCACUCUACUGUGGAGUUCUAGUGAUAAUUUUUAACUUUCCAAUUAUUCAACCAAAGCAGUAUUUACUUUAUGAGACAGGUACAGUAUGAAAUAAUAUUGUAUCACACAACACUCAAGUAGUCUGCAGCUCUAUAUGUUGCAGUUCUUAAACAACCCUUAUUUUAAAUGUUUAUGCACUAGAAAUCUAUGACUUAAGGGCAGAUUUGUACAAUCAUAAAGUUUGCUCACAGUAACCUUCUGUUGACAAAUGAUAUGCUCUUAGUUUAGUAUCAUUACAAUUUGCUACCCAAUAUCUGAGCAUUAUCAUGCAUGCAUAAUUUUAUUUGUUUGUUUUUUAAUUUUUCUGUAUUAUUAUUUUUUAGAAAAAUGUUCAUUUUAUUUACACUAUAUCAGACUGUGAUAACCUCUGUCUCUUCCUCAAAUUGUCUUAUUGGGGUAAUAGGAAGAACACAGAUUGACGCAAGGUGAAAGAAAAAUGAAGAUUUUUUUCUAUGAAAGUAAUAUUUGGUUUCUUGGUAUAAAAUCUAAUUUUGUAAGAGCUUUUUACAUAAGCAAAGUAUUUCAUCCUUAAGGUUUCCUUUUUUUUAACAAAACAUAUUUUUGUUCUUUUCUUUCUGUUAAUUAAGUUUGUAGUUGCUAUGGUAAAGCAAGAUACUUUACAAUUGAGCCUAUGCUGAACAUCUUAUUGUGGUAUAAAAAAUUUGCCUAAGGAAUAAUCAGUAAUAAUUAUUGUAAGAGGGCUUGCUUCAUCUGUUUGUUAUAAAUGGGACCAUGACAUUGAUCAUUCAGUGGCAUAUAAUUUGAGAGUGAUAUCAAUGAUGAUAUCAAUGAGUGAUAUCAGUGAAAUCAAAUGAAUUCCAAAAUAUAAUUGUUUUGUUUGGUUUGAAUGCUUAAUCAAUUAAGCCCAAGACUGAUAUUGUUGCUAUUGUUGUUCCUGAUUGAGCAGCUGGUCUGUCACACAGCCGACUCAAACUUUGAAUAAGCUAACAAUCUAGGGUUUUCUAUUCUGAAAUAAGCUGCUUAACAUUAUUAUCAAUCAUUGUUGUUGAUUACAUUCAUACUAAACUCAACAGAAGGUAUAGAACUGAGAAAAGAUCUCUCAUUUAUUUUAGUAUGCAUGCGUAUUGUAUUCUAACAGUAUACAGCUCUCUUACUUCUUGGAUUGUUUGCAGGAACUAUUAGAUAUCAAGACAAAUCUUGGCAGAAGGUUUGCGGUAGCAUUGUCGCAAAUUUAUUAUUUAACAUCUGAAUAUUUAAGUAUUCUGUUCAAUUUGCUGUAUUCAGUAUCUUUAAAAAUAAGAGGUCAGUUGUCAAGGCAGGAAUAAGCAACCAUUCAUUAGUUUCUUUACGUCAUAUCUACAGCUCUGUGAUUUGUUAAGUUUCCUUUUAGCCUGGUAGUUUGCCAAGUACAAACAUUGUAGCAUGUCCAAUAAUUCAAAUAUAGAUCAAUUACUCUUUUUUUUUUCAGUAAUUUGCCGUAAAUGUUCCUGAAUAGUUUAGUUUCAACUCUAAAGCAUUCAGUCUAUACUGCUUGUUUAUUUUUCCAGGAUUUCAUAGAACUUUAAUGUAUUUUUGCUUGAUCAGUUGUUCUUCCUUCUUUUUAAUAAUUAAAAUGCAUCAUUGAAUUUGAACUAGAAUUUCUAUAAGAAAUUAAACAUCCUUCUAAUCAACAUUCUUGAAACUCUGGCUUUCUCAACUGGUUGAGAAAUUCAGAGUUUUCUGUUUCCAAGUUUGGUCAAACCAAACUUUUUUAAUGUUUUGCCUCACAAUUCUAGUUGACUGUUCAUUUUGUGUAGUUCACAGAAUUUUGAGAUAAGUAACAGAGGUGUUAUCAUUAGGCAGAUUCAUUUCACUCUUCAAUGAUGACUUAGUUAUUAAACUAGUUGAGUGCGUUUGUUCAUAUUGUGAUUAUUUCAAUGAGUGCAAAGUGUGCAGAAAUAUGCUCAUGUUUGGAGAGAUUGUGCCUCCCAAUUUGAUUGCAUAUAUUGUACUUAUGAAAAAUAAAUUAUAAUUUAGCUAAUAAAAAUGUGUGACUCCGUC